AUGUCUGUGCAUAGAGAGAAAAUUGACGUUACUCAAUUGCCACACCACUACGAUGGUCAAGUGACUCUUGCAGUUAUUGGCGGUACAGGAUUGUACGAUUUGCCAAACUUGCAUCCCAUCGCAAGGUUGACCAUCAGUACUCCAUGGGGGUUCCCAUCUAGUCCAAUCACCAUUUCCAAAACUGAACUGGGUUUCCCUGUUGCGUUUUUAGCAAGACAUGGGCAACAUCACGAUUUGUUGCCUAGUGAUGUCCCCUCAAGAGCCAACAUUGCCGCGUUGAAAAAGUUGGGAGUCAAGGCAAUUGUCGCUUUUUCAGCGGUGGGAUCUUUACAACCAGAGAUCAAACCUAGAGAUUUUGUGUUGCCUACACAAAUCAUCGAUAGAACUAAAGGGAUCAGACCAUCGACUUUUUUCGAAAAGGGGUUCGUGGCUCAUGCAAUGUUUGGUGAACCAUUUGAUUUGAAAUUGAACUCACUCAUUGCCAAUGCCAUUCCCUCAGAGGGGUUCCUUGAAGGAUUCGACAAGGAGGAUGCCAAUCCAACAUUGCAUACUAAAGAACACACCAACAAGGGCGAAGACUUGACUGUGAUAUGUAUGGAAGGACCUCAAUUCUCCACUCGUGCUGAAUCAAAAUUGUACCGCUCAUGGGGUGGAUCCAUUAUCAAUAUGUCUGUUUUACCUGAAGCCAAAUUGGCAAGAGAGGCUGAAAUUGCGUAUCAAAUGAUUUGUAUGUCGACCGAUUACGACUCUUGGAAUGAGAGUGAAGAACCAGUCACUGUGGAAACGGUUGUUGGCAAUUUGAAGGCCAAUUCCGCCAAUGCUUGUAAAUUGGCUGCGAAAUUGAUUGAUGAAUUUGCUGAAAAGGGAGGUGAAAUUGGUGAUGAUAUACAAGGGUCAAUGAAGUUUGCCGUUAGUACUAGUCCUCAUGGGGUUAAGAAGGAGUUGUUGGAAAAGAUGCACUUCUUGUUCCCUGGAUACUGGCAAGUUUAG